UCCUCGCUGCUACGGCCGCCUCUCCUCCUCCUCCUCCUCGGCCAUGCGAACCCGGCUGGCCCGUCGGGGCUGCGCGCUUUUGGCCUUGCUGAGCGUGGCGGCUUUCCUAGCUCUCCAGCUGCCUCUGUCUCCUUUCGGGACGCCCACGGGCGCCCUAGCUGGAAGAGGGACCCCCGGGAGUCUUUCCUCCCCACUGCCCGAGCAACUCUCCCAACCCGUCCAGUCCAAACCCCCUCCGGAUCCCUCUGCGCCGGGAGAAUGGGGCAAAGCAUCCCACCUGAGCUUGGAUGCGGAGCAGAAGCGACAGGAGGAACUCUUGCUGGAGCGCUACGCCAUCAACGUCUACCUUAGCGACCGCAUCUCGCUGCACCGUCACAUCCAGGACGGUCGUAUGCCUGAGUGCAAAGCCAAGACCUAUGAGUACCGCCGGCUGCCCACCACCUCGGUGGUCAUCGCCUUCUACAACGAAGCCUGGUCCACCCUCCUGCGGACAGUGCACAGCGUCUUGGAAACCAGCCCAGCCGUCAUACUCAAGGAGGUCAUUCUGGUGGACGAUCUCAGUGACCGGGCGUACUUGAAGGGCCAGCUGGAGGCCUACCUCAGCCGCCUGCCCCGGGUGCGCCUGAUCCGCACCCAGAAGCGGGAAGGGCUGGUCCGCGCUCGGCUGAUCGGCGCCACCUUCGCCACUGGCGAAGUCCUCACCUUCCUGGAUUGCCACUGCGAGUGCAUCCCCGGAUGGCUGGAGCCCUUGCUGGAACGAAUCGCCUGGAACGAUUCUGUCGUCAUCUGUCCGGUGAUCGACACCAUCGAUUGGAAUACGUUUGAGUUUUAUAUGCAAUCCGGCGAGCCCAUGAUCGGCGGCUUCGACUGGCGGCUCACCUUUCAGUGGCAGGUGGUUCCCGACUAUGAGAGGCGACGCCGGAAGUCCAAAGUGGAUCCCAUCCGAUCACCCACUAUGGCCGGCGGCCUCUUUGCUGUCAGCAGGAAAUACUUCGAGUACCUCGGCACGUAUGACACCGGUAUGGACGUCUGGGGUGGUGAGAACUUGGAACUCUCUUUCCGUGUCUGGCAGUGUGGCGGUGUCUUGGAAAUCCACCCAUGUUCCCACGUUGGACACGUCUUUCCAAAACGGGCUCCGUAUGCCAGGCCUAACUUUCUACAGAACACUGCUCGGGCCGCCGAAGUCUGGAUGGACCACUACAAAGAACAUUUCUACAACCGGAAUCCUCCAGCGCGUAAGGAGAACUUUGGCGACCUCACCGAACGGAAACUCUUACGGCAGCGUCUGCAGUGUCAAAAUUUCGACUGGUAUUUGAAAACCGUCUUCCCCAAUUUACACGUCCCAGAGGAUCGGCACGGCUGGCACGGCGCCAUCCACAACCUGGGCAUCUCUUCCGAAUGUUUGGAUUACAACUCGCCAGAACACAAUCCCACCGGGGCUCACGUGAGCCUUUUCGGAUGUCACGGCCAAGGCGGCAAUCAAUUCUUCGAAUACACGUCCAAUCUGGAAAUCCGUUUCAAUUCGGUGACUGAACUCUGUGCCGAAGUGCCGGAGCAGAAGGAUUUUGUCGGCAUGAGAAAUUGUCCGAAGGAUAAAUCUUCCGUGCCGGAAAGCAUAAUAUGGCAUUUUAAAAAAGAUGGCACCAUCUACCAUCCUCACUCCACCAAAUGUCUAAGCGCUUACCGUACACCAGAAGGUCGCGCGGAUGUAAAGAUGAGGACGUGUAAUCCGUCGGAUAAAAACCAACUCUGGAGGUUUGAAAAAUAGACCUGGAUCACCGCCUAAAAUACAAUUCCUGGCAAUAUAAAGUUUGGGCCUCUUGAAAUAACUUUUAACAAGAUUUCCAGAUGAGAACAAAGGAGGGGGGGAAAAAAUAAGAUUUCUGGAUCAGUUGGUGAAAAAGUGCCUUUUUUUUUCUAAACUGAGAGAUUGGCAGAACGCAACGACACUUCACACACAAGUUGAAGUGUGUUUAUUCUGCACGGAUUACGACAAACGGGACCGUCCCGGGAACGGGCUAAAUUCGGAGGAACUAAGGACAGCACAAUAAUUGUUCCAUUUUUAAGAUUUGCUAAAGGAUGCGCAAAGUUGUGAAGUUCAGGAAAUGGUUUUUCUGAAGCUGGAUCAGAAGCAUUGCUUUCAAAUGAUUGUUUUCAAUCUUGGCAAUUUUAAAAUGUGUGGACUUCAACUCCCAGAAUUCCACUUUGAUGUGUCUGGCUGGGGAAUUCUGGGAGUCGAAGUCCACGCAUCUCAAAAGUUGUCCCAGUUGGGAAAAACUAUAAGGAAUGAUGCUUUAACAAGUGUGCCGAAAUGAAACUUAUGGAAUUAGGGAAUUCCUUGUUUUAGGACCGACUUUUGAGUCCUCUCCUUUGCUCAAUGCAUCUCUCUCAUCUUAGAUUUAGUGUUUAAACAAGUAUUUAACUAGUGUUUAGUUAAAUUGGUUAAACAAAUACAUUGGUUAAAUUGGUUGGAGUGUUUAACUAGUGUUUGGUUAAAUUGGGUAGAUUGGUUAAAUUGGUUAAACACGUAAAUCACUUAAAUUGGUUAA